CCAAAGGGCGUCGAUGAACACAACACCAACACGCAAUCUAAUGAGGUAACAAUCUCUCCCGCCAACUACAUCAGAUUAAGAGGGCAUACUCGGGUCAAAGUCCAUCAUACCAUCACAGAGCAUGACAGAGGCAAGCUCGUCAAAGCUCCCGAGCUUGGCUCCUCCUGCAACAACGGACGAGCUGCUGGCACUUUCCAGUCAAUUGGUCAAUCUAUCCAAAUCAGAGUCAAUCGGUCAAUUGUAUAGUCAAGGGAAACAGAAAAGUGAAGAUGCAAACAAGAGAUUGGAAGCAACUUUGCUAGAACAAGCGCCUUCAUAUGUCAAGCUACACAAUGAUCUGCAGGCAUCAAGAGGGAUGCUGGGAGAGCUUGAAUCAUUCCUAAACGUGUUUUAUAACGAUUUGAAUGUUUUGAGCAAUCAAAUGAGUCAAUUGCAGAGCAAGAGCAUACUGUUGGGACAAAGAUUGAAGAACAGAAGACAGCUGGAGAGCAAGCUUCGGACGAUCGUCUCGGAUAUGGUACUCGAACCAAAGUACAUAGAACUCAUAUUCGCCGAUGAAGCAACAGCCGGAAAGGCAGGAUUAGAAGUAUGGAAAGGAUGUGCUGAACGAUUGAGUGCAUGUCUGAUCGCAUGUGCUGAAUUGGAAGGCGUUUUGCGUGAUCAGCUGGGAAAUGCACAAAGUUCGUCUGGCGUAAUGUCACCAACAGGUCAACCGCCAGUGGAUGCUAAAGCUCUCAAAGAAGCAAGAGAAGUGGCAGAAGGAUGUCGCUUGAUGGCCGCCUCGAAAAUUAGACCACUUUUGAUCUCAACAUUUGCACCUUUGCGUUCUUCGCUUUCGACAAAUUUGCCAAUCCUUCAAGCAGUCUUGCUCAAGUCAUACAGACCUCUGUUCAUGUUCCUAUCGCAUCAUGCACCUAGAGUAGCGAUCGACGUACAAAGAGCGUAUGUGGCUGCAGCGAGACUAUACUUUGAAACAGGUUUCCGCAGAUACGAAAGGAGUUUAGGCAAUUUACGUGACCGGGAAAAGUCAAAACGAGGUGAAUCAAGUACAUCUUCGCUCUCUUUCAUCGAUCCUGCUGGAAAGGCUGUCGGUCUUUCGACAUUUGGAGGCCUUUCAGGAUCAUCUUCUGCGACUGUCAAUGAUCCAUGGGCACCUGAUAUCUCACAAUUGGAUAACGCAAAGAUAGCCGAUGGACCUGCGGUAUUCCUAGCUUAUCUAGCAGACGAUUCUUCGUAUCGAACUUCGUAUGAAGCACUGUUUCGAUCUUUAUCCCUGACUUUUCUCGAUAAUGCUUCUUCGGAGUAUUGCUUCUUGGCACGAUUCUUUGAAGGGAUCGAUUUGGAGGUGAACAAGAAAGGUAAAAGUGGAGAAAGUACUUCUGGAUCACAAAUCACAGGAUCAUCAGCAGUCAAAGUACGACAUGCUGAUGCACGUGGAUCAAGUACAGGAAAAGCAGCAGAUGCGGAUGAUGGACCAUUACCAGAGGAUAGUGCAAGUGCACUAGGUGAUUCAGAUGAUGAAGGCCAUGGAAUUCCACCCGAAGAGGAGCAGGGUACAGUGACUCGAUUGAGUGCCUUGGAGAAAGCGCGGAUUGGUGGUAGAGGAGCUCUUGACGAAUUAUGGAAACAAGUGAUGGAACCUGUUGUGGGUACAUACACUAAAUUUGUCACUUCAAUCAUCGCUCUGCACCCACCUCUUAUCCCGCUCUAUACCAUGCUGAAAUUGAACGAUUGCAUCUUGGCAGAAGUUGAGAUAAGAGGAGUCAGCUCAGUCUUACAAGGAAAUUUUAUGGCUUUCAAAUUGAAGGCAUGGCCGAUGAUGCAAAAACAGUUCGAUGAAGCGAUCGAAAAUGUGAAAAAGCUCAAGACGGGAAGCGCUGGCGCAGGCGGAGGAGCAGCAAUGGCUGCCGCUGCUUCCAACCUAUUCGGAGGAUUCUUUGGCGGUCAGCAAGGGUCAGCGAAUCAGACCGCGAACGGUGGUGCGGAUAAUGUGAUUCAGUUGGUAUGCGCUCGAUACGCACGUCUGUUCUCGACGAUUGUUCAUUUGAACAGCUUCUCCGAAGAUGGUCAAGAUACAAUGGUCUUUAAUAGCUUGACCAGAUUACGAGGUGAAUUGGAAGGUGUAUUAGAGAACUUGGCCAAAAGCGGAACAAGCGAAACGGUCACGACGUAUUACCGUUUAAUUCGUUCGACGAUUGAGGCAGGACCAGCAGGUAUAAGUUUACCUCGCGUACAAGCUGAAAUGAGUCAUUGGACGGAGGCUGAACGCACUCAUAGGAAUGUUGGUAAAUGAUUAUGAUAUUCCUAUGUGAUAUAAUAGACAGUACAAUGGGUGAGAAAGUAGUAAGAAAAAGCAAAGAGAAUAUUUACAGAUUGACGUCAUCAUAGACGUGCUUCAGCUGAAUCGCGAAAGUUUGAGUUUGUAUUUGCACCUGUUUGGGAGGAUUGCAAGAAACCGGCAAAGUAACGUUCUAGAGCUUCGACAUCAUCUAAUCCAACCAC